CAUCAUGGACGCCCUUAUUGGAGUAUCAUGAAUAUGAAAAAUUUUAGAAUAUAAAAAAAGUGUAAUAAGAAAAAAAUUGGUAAGAGAAGCGACAAAAUUUCAAGGGACGCAAAGUUGUCAAAGAAUUCAGAAUGAUUGAGCAUAAAUUUCCACUUAAAAAUGAUCGAAUAUUAAAGGCGGCACGUGGACAGCCGGUUGACAGAGUUCCAGUUUGGGUUAUGAGGCAAGCGGGGAGAUAUCUCCCGGAAUUUCGGGAGGUCAGAUCUCGGCAUGAUUUUUUCAGUAUCUGCCAAACACCUGAAUUGGCAUGUCAGGUGACAUUACAACCGAUAAAACGUUUUGACUUAGAUGCCAGUAUAAUAUUCUCGGAUAUUCUGGUGAUCCCACAAGCGAUGGGUCUGAAGGUUGAAAUGACACCGGGAGUAGGUCCAGUCUUGCCUCAGCCUUUAGCUGAUCCUGAUGAUUUAACAAGACUUGUUCGACCAAAUGUAGAUGAAGUUCUAAAAUAUGUCGCAGAUGCUAUUACAUUAACUCGACAUGAAUUGGAUGGCAAAGUGCCGUUAAUAGGAUUUACAGGAGCUCCUUGGACAUUGAUGGGUUACAUGGUUGAAGGAGGAGGCAGUUCUACAAUGGCAAAGGCAAGAUCAUGGUUGUAUAAGUAUUCAGAAACCUCACACAAAUUGUUACAAAUGAUUACAGAUGUUAUCGUAGAUUAUUUAGUGAUGCAAGUGAAAGCUGGCGCUCAGUUACUUCAAGUAUUUGAAAGCAACGGAAAUUAUUUGGAUGACGCAUUAUUCAUGAAUUAUUCUUUUAAAUACCUCAAACAAAUUAGCGAACGUGUUCGAAAGCAAUUAAAAGAAGAAAAUAUACCAGAAGUACCUAUGAUUGUUUUUCCAAAAGGCGCAACUAUGAAUUCUUUAAAAAUACUUGCAAAAGACCAGACUUAUGAAGUUAUAGGUCUUGACUGGACUGUAGAUCCCAUAGAAGCCAGAAAACAACUUGGUUCAGAUAUUACAUUGCAAGGUAACAUGGAUCCUUGUGCAAUGUAUUCUUCACAGGAUGAAAUUGUUGAUCGUGCACAAAAAAUGGUAUCAAAUUUUGGUAAAACCCGAUAUAUUGCUAAUUUGGGGCAUGGCAUUUUACCGGAUACUCCAAUUUCAUCCAUGGAGGCUUUUAUUAAAAGUGUACACUCUGCAUAAAUAUAUACUUCAUAGGCAAAAGCAUACACUUAUUAUAUAUGCAUUUGUUAUAAAAUGUUCAAUUAUUAUAAUUAACGAUAUAAUGAUAGCGUUCACCUUUUUCUUUUUAAUUUGUGUUGGGAUUUCAUACUAUUUUUAAUGUUAAUAGUAUUUUUUGAAUAUUAUUUUUCAAUAAAGGAAAAUCUUGACUCGUAC